CGAAGGCGGCGAAUCUAAAAUAGGAAGCAGCGCCCGUAGCCCUCUGAAAAUUCAAGUGACACUUGGCAUACCAUGCUGCCCAUCUUAUCUUUGAAUUUCCCCAUUAAAAUAUCCGGAAUCAUUCCGAUAGAGUUGAGGGGCAAAUUUGACUUCACAGCAUCAAAUAUUCUUAGUCCCCCCAGACUUAUGCAUGGGGUAGGUCCCUACAAAGGCCACAGUUACGUUACAGGUACGAUAGGCUAAGCGUGACGGAGUCAUGUACUCAAUACUUGAUUUGGCAGACUUUCACCUUCCCCUUUGUGUCGUCGCAGCGCCAAGAGAACGGGUACAAAACAAUAAUCUGAGGGAAUAGGAAUACGAGCCUUUUCAAGGGCAUUUCGGUACGGCUCGGGCCUACCGAUCGAGAACAUGGAGUUGUGUGGGUUUUGUAGCAAUGUGGAUCCAUACGGCCAACUCACAACACCACCGUGCGUGACACGUCAUUGGGAAUACGAAAAGCGACCUGUGAACUCUUGCCGUCCUAGGUCCAAGGAAAUUCAACAGACGUCCUCUUCAAAGCAUUGUGUAUCUCACCAAAGUGCAGAGAUACGCCUGACUGUGUCACGUGCUUGAACUUCCCGAAAAUGUCGACAAUACUCUACUCUUGGAUGAAGACAGUUCUUGCGUUAGGUACAGCAACAUGCUUCUGGUUUCUGUUCAAACUGCUGAGGGAAAGGCGACGGUUUGCAGGCCUACCUGGUCCUCCCCACCACUGGUUAUAUGGCCAUCUCCCGAUCAUUAAGAAAAUUAAAGAAAAGCUUCCAAGUGACGCCCAUAUAAAUCUGCUUCAUGCUACUCUGGCACGCGAGUACAACUUGGGACCAAUCUAUUAUCUUGACCUGUGGCCCUCGUUCGAUCCUAUGGUCAUAGUCCUUGAUCCAGCUUUGGCUGCUCAAGCCACACAGCUCAAGAACCUACCAAAACAUCCUAUGUAUAGGUUGAUGGAAUAUACUGUCGGGACGCAAAGCAUCAUCACGACGACGGGCCAGCAAUGGAGGUUCUGGCGAAAGGUCUUUGACCCAGGUUUUUCAAGCACGCAUCUCGCUACUCUUACCCCGAUGGUUGUGGAGCGAGUUCAAGUAUUUAUCAAGAAACUGGAAGCUCACGUGGAAACUGGGGAUGUAUUCCCUUUGUUGCCUUUGACCAAGAGCCUCACAAUUGAUGUGAUAGGACGUGUUACAAUGGCUUCAGAUUUUAAUACUCAACAACAGUCCAAUGAAAUCGUGGAUGCUUUUUUGCUGAUGCCUAAAUAUAUUCCCCCUAUGGGCUUUGAUCCAAUCAGACUUUUGAGCCCGACCAGAAUCUGGAAUGCAAGGCACUAUCAAAGAAAGCUAGAUAGACUGAUUGGAGAAGUUGUUGAUCAGCGAUUUCGCGAACGGAGAGCGGGAAAAGUUGGACCUUCUGAAAAGUCUCUUGUGCAUCUGGCACUAGACACCUACGAACAGAUGGGUGAUACUGGAGAUGCUAAUCUUGUGACGGAUCCUGUUUUCAAGAGAAAUGCUAUCCACAAUAUUCGAGGCUUCUUCUUUGCUGGCCAUGCGACCACUGCAGCUUCAUUAUGUUACUUGUAUUAUGUUCUAUACAGGAACCCAGAUGUCAUGCUUCGACUUCGUCAAGAACAUGACGAGUAUCUCGGAGUGAAUCCGGAUGAUGCCAGCGCCCGUAUCCAAGCAGAACCUACUCUUUUGAAGAGGAUGCCUUACACCACAGCGGUCAUCAAAGAGUCAUUGCGCUUGUUUGUGGGUGCAGGGACAAUGCGGAAUGGGGUCAAAGGAUUCAGCCUAGUAGAUCCAAGCACCAACACUGCGUAUCCAACCUACCGGGAUGGGCCAUUCCCUAUUCUAGUCCGAGCUUUUCCCAUCCAUCGGAAUCCUGCAAACUUUGCGGAUCCAGAUUUGUUUGACCCUGAGCGCUUCUUGGGAGCGAGAGUAACCACCAUGACAAAGGAUGCAUACAGACCGUUCGAAAAGGGGUCACGGGACUGUCCUGGACAAGAACUCUCAAUGAUGGAAAUGCGAGUCACACUAGCGCUCACCAUACGCAUAUUUAAUAUUGAGGCAGUGUAUCCAAAGGAUUCUCCAGAGGUUAUGGGAGACCCCGCAUAUAAUGUUAUGUAUUCGAGUGCUGGUCCAGCUGCUAGCUUACCAGUGAGAAUCAAGCUCGCAAAGAGAGAGGAGGAAGGAUGAAGUGGAAGAAAUCAGAGGGAUCUUCAUUGGCGAGAAAGCACGUGGCGAACAGAGAAUUGACCUCAAUUUCGAAGUAUAUGGCAUUUAGCAAGAAGUUUCCAGCCAACUCAUUGUUCGUUUUCUCAACGCUUCCCAGUGCCCCAUGAAUUGACCAAUUAGCACCACAUUUAAAGAGGCUUAGUGAUAUGAUUAGCUUAACCGGGA